AUGGCUCAUACAGCGGGCUCUGCAAAUCUUACAGUGAAGAACCUCUUUAGCUUCAACGAUCAUGUGGUUCUCGUGACAGGAGGCGCCACAGGCCUUGGUGAGAUGGCCGCGCAGGCUUUCGUCCAAAAUGGGGCGCGUGUGAUCAUUGCCAGCAGGAAGAAGAGCGAAUUGGAAAAUACAGUGGCGCGCCUGAACAGCUUGGGGCCUGGAACAGCCGAGUACGUUGUGGCCGAUCUGAAAGAUAAAGCUGGUUGCGAUGGGUUAGUUGCUGAGGUCAAAAAGAAGACAGACAGGUUGACGGUCUUGGUCAACAAUUCCGGGGCCACCUGGGGCGCACCUUACAACGAUUUCCCCGAGUCGGGCUGGGACAAGAUCAUGGCUUUGAAUGUCAAAUCUAUCUUCUAUGUGACUGUUGGCCUGCACUCCCUGCUCGUCAGGGGUGCCACAGCCGAUGCGCCGAACAGGGUCAUCAACAUCGCCAGCACCGCCGGCGUUCAAACUGGCGACUCGACAGUCAAAGUGGGAGGACUGGCACCUCCUGGCCACGGGACGUACAGCUAUGGACCUAGCAAGGCUGCUGUAAUUCAUCUUUCCAAAGCUCAGGCAUCACAACUCAUGCAUGAGCAUAUCACGGUCAACGCUAUCUGCCCCGGGGUAUUCCCUAGUCGCAUGGCCAGCUUUGGUCUCGAGAAGGCCAUGAACAACGUGCUGGCACAGCAGCCUAGUGGGCGUGUUGGCAAGGCCGAAGACUUUGCGGGAUUGGUACUAUUUUUAGCGAGCAGGGGUGCUGCCCAUAUCACGGGUAAUGCGAUUGUGAUUGAUGGUGGGAGCACCGUCAGUGGAGGUCAAGGCAAGAGUACGACGCAAGAAAAGUUGUGA